AUGCUGGGUACUAGACAGGGGUGAACUGACAACUCAUGGGGCCCCCGGGCAAUAGGGGAUCAUGGGGCCCUGUGUCCUUGCCCAAACUCAAAAAAGCCUAUGAAAAAGGUACCAGGGGAAUCUCAUGGGGCCCCUUACUGACCCCCGGGCCCUCCGGCAGCGCCCGAGUUUCCAAAUGGUCAGUCCGCCCCUGGUACUAGAACUUAUAUUCAGGGUUAAAUCAGGUGGUGAGAAAGCAACACAACACUGAUUGCUUUAACCCUUUUUUGCUGUAGUGCACAUGGUUGCAGGGCACUUGCAGAGCGGACUCAUUUAUUUUAUUU